GACAACAGUGACAACAGCGACAUCAGUGACAACGGUGGGAACAGUGACAACAGUAACAACAGUGACAAAAGAGACCACAAUGACAACAACGACAACAGCGACAACAGUGACAACAGCGACAACAGUGACAACAGUGAAAAGAGUGACAACAGCAAAAACACCGACAACAGCCACAACACCAACAACAACAACAACAACAGCGACAACACCGACAACAGCCACAACACCGACAACAACAACAACAGCGAAUACACCGACAACAGCAACAACAGCGUCAACACAGACAACAGCCACAACAGCGUCAACACAGACAAUAGCCACAACAGCGACAACACCGACAACAGUGACAACAGAGACAUCAGUGACAACGGUGGGAACAGUGACAACAGUAACAACAGUGACAAAAGAGACCACAAUGACAACAACGACAACAGUGACAACAGUGACAACAGCGACAUUAGUGGCAACAGUAAGAACAGCGACAACAGUGAGAAUAGCGACAACAGCGACAACAGUGACAACAAUAACAACAGCGACAACACGGACAACAUCGAGAACAGCGACAACAGUCGCAACAGCAACAACAGCGACAACACCGAGAACAGCGACAACAGUAAAAAGAGCUACAACAGCGAAAACAGUGACAACAGCGAUAACAGCGACAACAGUAACAACAGUGACAACAACGACAACAUCGACAAAAGUGACAACAGCAACAACAGUGACAAGAGUGACAACUUUGACAACAGUGACAAAAGUAACAACAGUGACAACAACGACAACAUCGACAACAGUGACAACAGCAACAACAGUGACAACAGCCACAACAGCGACAACAGUGACAACAGCAACAACAGUGACAACAGUGACAACUUUGACAACAGUGACAAAAGUAACAACAGUAACAAAAGCGACAACACCGACAACAGUGAAAACAGCGACAACAGUGACAACAGUGAUAACAGCCACAACAGCGACAACAGUGACAACAGCGACAACACUGACAACAGUGACAACAGUGAUAACGUCAAAAACACCAACAACAGCAACAAUAGUGACAACAAAGACAACCCCACAACACCCACAACAGUGACAACAGUGAGAACAGCGAAAACAGUGACAACAGCGACAACAGGGAAAACAGUGACAACAGUAACAACAGUGACAACAAUAAGAACAGUGACAACAGCGACAACAGUGAUAACAGUGACAACAAUGACAACAGCAACAACAGUGACAACAAUAACAACAGCCACAACACGGACAACAUCGAGACCAGCAACAACAGGCGCAAAAGCGACAAAACUGACAAAAGCGACAACAGCGACAACAGUAAAAAGAGCGACAACAGUGAAAACAGCGACAACAGUGACAACAGCGACAACAGUAACAACAGCGUCAACACAGACAACAACGACAACAGCCACAACAGCGACAACACCGACAACAGUGACAACAGCGACAACAGCACCAAAACCGGCAACAUUGACAACAGUGACAACAGCGACAUCAGUGACAACGGUGGGAACAGUGACAACAGUAACAACAGUGACAAAAGAGACCACAAUGACAACAACGACAACAGCGACAUUAGUGACAACAGUAAGAACAGCGACAACAGUGACAACAGUGAGAACAGUGAGAAUAGCGACAACAGCGACAACAAUAACAACAGCGACAACACGGACAACAUUGAGAACAGCGACAACAGUCGCAACAGCAACAACAGCGACAACAGCGAAAACAGCGACAUCAGUGACAACAGCGAUAACAGCGACAACAGUAACAACAGUGACAACAACGACAACAUCGACAAAAGUGACAACAGCAACAACAGUGACAACAGUGACAACUUUGACAACAGUGACAAAAGUAACAACAGUGACAACAACAACAACAUCGACAACAGUGACAACAGCAACAACAGCCACAACAGCGACAACAGUGACAACAGCAACAAC